AUGGCGGAAGACCUGCUGGGUGAGCUUAUGGCCCUGAAGCGCGUGCUGGGCAGAAGCGACAAGGACUGCCUCGAGGUCGUCAGUGUCGGCGCUGGGGCCUGGGCCGCCGUCUUUGCCUGUUUGUUAAAGCGAAAAUAUGCAGACUUCCCUCAGCACCUCCGCGUACGAAUGUGGCGCCGGUCGGGCAAGCGACUCACCUCUGAGCAAGCCUCAAAGUUGUUAGCCCAGAUCAACGCCAAUGACGAGGUUCUGCGAAGGCUCCGAGACAACGGGAGGUUGCUCCGCUAUGUGGAUGCAUCGCUUGGACGGGAGCUCGACCCUCCUCUCACAGCCGAAGAGGCGCUGAAGGACGGCUUCUGCGACACUUUGGAUGGUGCCAUGCUGCUGCCGAUGGAGCUGUGCUUGAACAUGCAGGAUGCAGCCAGAGAGGCGGACAUCUUGAUCAACGGCGUGCCCAGCACCUCCACCCUCGAGGUUUGGGCCCCUUUAGUGGCAGCCCUCGGCGAGCGGCAGAAGGAUCCACCGCUUGUGGUUUCCCUAUCCAAAGGUGUGGAGUUUUUGGCAGAUCCGGCUCCGCACAUCCUGACGCCCACGCGCCUGAUCCAGCAGUGUACCGGUCUGCCAUUGGAUCGGCUGCUCUACUUUGGUGGGCCAAACAUUGCGCGCGAGAUUUGGAACGGGGAGUAUGCCACGGCGAGGCUGUGCGGCGCUGACGAGUUCAGAACGCCAUUGGCCGCCAUGUUUCAACAGCCGCAGAUGAGUGUUUGGCACAAUCGGGAUGUCAUCACACACGAGGUCAUGGGAGGACUUAAGAACGUGUAUGCCAUCGGAGCUGGGGUCGUGGAUGAGUUCUGCAAGCACGGAGCUACGCCCAAUAGCGUUUACUUUAGCAACGCAUGCGCCGAGAUGACAUUCAUCACGCAUGUCUUGUCACGCAGGCCAGAAACCCUGUCAGGUCCGCUCCUGGCUGACACCUAUGUGACGAUGUUGGCGGGACGAAAUGCUUGGUAUGGACGGCAAGUGGCAUCUGGCUCGAUAGCCCCCUCCGACGGCGACAACGUGCCUGGAAAAGGUGUUAUUCAGGGCGUCUCAGCGGUCAGGGCCUUCACCACGCUUCUGGCCUGCGCCCCCGUACCUUUGGGCUCGGAUGGAUCCAGGUGCUUGGCCAUUGAUUUGCUCCCCACCCUUCGAGGACUCAACGACUUGCUUUUCCAUGGAGGUACUGCAGAGCAGUUUGUGGAGCGCAUGUGGCGGGAGGUGCAACAGGAUCCAGCUGAGCGCCUUCUUUCCCGCGCCACUCGCGACGGCCUGGCAUUUAUCCCAACGCUGUUGCAUCCAACACAAGGAGGUGUGGAUGCAAGUGCUGUGAAGAUUGGCGACCUCAAGCUCCCGGAGCCUUUCCUGUCAGACGACAAGCUGGCCGUUCUUGGCAUUGACGUCGAGACCAUGGACAGGUUCCGCAAGUCGUACCUCGCCUUCCGCCGUGGGGACUCCAUGGGGGCUGCAGGAGAACUGUCUCAGGUGGUUGUCAACACGCAAGCGUGGGCCGGAAGUGGAAGUACAAGUCCCUGA